GUGAGGAACGAUCGCUGGCGAUAAAAGAUGGUCGUGUGAGUGCGCGCGCAACGCUCUGCUCGCGCUGGGCUGUAAAACUGGUUCGUGGAGCCAUUCUGGGUGACGUCAUGAGCCGGGUGUUUGACGGGGUGGCUGCCGCAGAGCCAGGACUAGACAGUAGAAAUAUGACCGACAAUGACCUCGAUCACAGCGCGUGUUAGUGUUUGACUCUCAUUGUUUAGGAUUCGACACUUGUAAACACGCGAUAUUAUCAUCGCUGCUGCUGUUGUAGAUUAAAUCCGCGCGUUUGGUGUAGGUCAUUAGCCACGAGCCUUUUCUUAUCUCGACAGCGCGAUACAUCCAGCGUGUGUCUGUGUAUUUUGAGGCUCGCCUCCUCUAACCUUACCGGAGUCGUGCGCUGUAAUAUGGAUAAGGCCAAAUCAGUGAUGGAUCCGAAAGGAUCGGGUCCUUGCUACACAAACGGCAUGCACAAGCCAAUCCGGCGACGGCUGAGCAACGGGAGCUGCAGCCCGUACAGUCCGACGGACGAUAAUAAUUACCACCAUCUUCACCAUGACCCUCAAACCAACGGGUCCCCGGCGAAAAGGUGUCGGCUGCGGAGGCGAUUGGAAUCAGCGAAGAAAAACAGACCGCCAUUUCCAUGGUUUGGAAUGGACAUCGGUGGUACUCUGGUAAAGCUUGUUUACUUUGAGCCAAAAGACAUCACUGCUGAAGAGGAGCAGGAGGAGGUGGAGAAUCUCAAAAGCAUACGCAGGUACCUCACCUCCAACACAGCCUAUGGCAAGACCGGUGUCCGUGAUGUACACCUGGAGCUACGCAACCUGACAAUCUGCGGCCGGACGGGGAACCUGCACUUCAUCCGCUUCCCCACCGUUGCCAUGCACAGAUUCAUCCAGAUGGGCAGAGAUAAACACUUCUCUAGCCUGCAUACCACACUGUGCGCUACUGGUGGCGGGGCGUACAAGUUUGAGAACGACUUCAGAACGAUGGCAGACCUAGAGCUGCUGAAGUUGGAUGAGCUGGACUGCCUCAUCCAGGGUCUGCUGUACAUAGACUCAGUCGGUUUUAACGGUCACCCUGAGUGCUAUUACUUUGAGAACCCCUCCGACACACAGAACUGCAUCAAGAGACCCUGUUGUCUUGACAACCUUUUUCCCAUGUUGCUGGUCAACAUCGGCUCGGGCGUCAGCAUUCUAGCUGUGAAUGAAAAAGACAGCUAUAAACGUGUCACAGGCACCAGUCUUGGUGGAGGGACGUUUUUGGGGCUGUGCUGCCUGUUGACGGGUUGCGAGACGUUUGAAGAGGCCCUUGAAAUGGCAAGCAAAGGGGACAGCACCAAUGUAGACAAACUGGUGAAGGACAUCUAUGGAGGGGACUACCAGCGCUUCGGUCUACAAGGGUCUGCGGUGGCUUCAAGCUUUGGUCACAUGAUGAGCAAAGAGAAGAGGGACAGUAUUUCUAAAGAGGACUUGGCUCGUGCAACGCUUGUCACAAUAACGAACAACAUUGGGUCCAUCGCACGCAUGUGUGCGGUUAAUGAGAAAAUCGAACGGGUUGUUUUUGUGGGGAACUUUCUACGUAUAAACACGGUGUCGACAAAGCUUCUUGCAUAUGCUAUGGACUUCUGGUCCAAGGGCCAGCUGAAGGCCCUUUUCCUGGAACAUGAGGGAUACUUUGGAGCCGUCGGUGCUUUUCUAGAACUGCUGAAGUCGUCUGAUGACCCAUAAAGGAAAGAAAUCAUCAUCUCUGAUGAUCCAGAAGCUGCUUUAAGACUAAGAAGCUCCAAAAGGAAAACUGGAAUACUGGGAACACUGGGAAUUUUUGAAAGAAGCCAUCAUAGUAAUUUACCUGUAAAUAACCCUUAAAAUAAGAUUCUAAUAUUUUUAUGAAUAACUUAGUCUCAGCCUCAGACUGUCGACACUAAUGGAACCUUAUUGUUCGGUUGUUUUCCGGUUGUUGUUUUCCUUUUAUACUGGUUGUAAAUAUCAUUGUGUAGUGAACAGGGAGAGUUUAUUGAUGGCCAAAACCUGCUGUGUUCAAGUUUUGAUAUUCUUAACCUGCCACCAGGUGAGAGUGUAUUCAACGUUAACUGCUUUCUGUUUCUAAGCCUGGUUAAAUAAUGGACCUUUUAGGGUGUUUUGUGUUAAACUGCUGUUCAGACCCCGAAUGAUGUUUGAAACACUGUUCAAGUUGAUUUUUAAGCCUCAGAUGCAGUUAAAUGUGUGACGAUCUCUAUACAGUCUCUAUACAGCAUAACGCAACCUUUUUUGGUUGCCUGUCCUUUCAUUCGAAUUCUUCACUACCAUUAACAGUUUUCCAUGCGUUUGUGCAUGAAAGUAAUAUUAAACCUGAAUCAGUUCACUCAUCAGAAUAGAUAUAUUUACACUGAUUCACACAAAGCCUUUACUAAGGAUACACAGAAAGCUCAGGGUGUCUCACUUUAAUUUUGAGAGGGAAUUCUGUGGGACCAAGUGGCCAAUUUGACACUUACUUCAGAUAUAAAGCUCCCCUAACAUCCCACAUUUUUGUUCUCUUUGUCCAGCUUUGCCUCUUUUUCCAUCCUGCCUUUUCCCAUUCUUUUUCCUAUCUAAACCAAAGCUACUUCAAUCAUCUUUUCUGAAUGCACACAGUUAUAUGCAUAUACCUCCUCUUUGGUUGCCUUCCUCUUAUCUAGAAUGGUACUAAGAGUACUCUACUCAGCCGUGUGAUGACAAAACAGAAAGAUUAAGUCAGUAUGACAGCAGUUACCCACAACCCCCCAUUCCUCAGUAUUCAUAUAUCAAACAUGUUUAGACAGUUCAAAGACUUAGCCAUUGUGUUUCCAUUGUAGUGCCAAAGUGAGACGGGGAGGAGUCAAACCAGACAGCCUGUCAAUGCAAGCAUUCCUGCUUUGCCAGGCCAUGUACCACGUUACUUCUCCUAAAAGUUGCCUAGCAUUUGAGUAUUUCUAAGAUCAAGUUCAAUGUCAUUAAAAACAAAAACACCACUCCCUUACUAGUUAACUCUGUUCAGUUCUUUUGCUCUCGUUCUUGCCUUUUAUGGGACUGUUCUCUUCUUUUAACCUCUGUGGCUGUUUUUAGGUUGCUUUUAUGUGGUUCUUGUUUUUUUUCAUUAACUUUUUUGUUAAUUAUUUUAACUGAGUUUUUCAGGGUAACUUCAUAGAAGAAACUGAAUUUGAUUUUGGGGACCUCACAUGUCAACUGCAAUAUUUUCUUUUUUUUCUUUUAAUAUUUUAUGUCUUUUUUAAUUUAAUUAUGGCUUUGGUUGGCCUUGUAUAUUUUGCAUUAAAUUAUUUAACAGCAUAUUUUGGGUACAACAUUUGGCUGCAAUUCACAGUCAGUGUGUGAUUUUAUUUUAAUUUUAUUAUUGUUUGUCAUCACUGGAAUUUUUGAAUGAAAAUGAUCUGGUUUUAAACCCCUCUUUCUAGAUUAGGAUGCUUUUUCAUUUGUACACCAAACAGUGUAUCAAUAUGAGAGCUGAAUGCUUUAUGGAUGAUUAACAUUAAUGAAGAUUGUUCAUUUAUGGUACUGACACAUUGUUCUUGCCACACAAUCUUAGAUGCAAGUAUGAGCAUGUUUCAAGUGUUCAAGCCUGUGUUAUUGCACUGCACAAUUCUAUGCUAUACUUACAGCUUUCAUGUAUUGUGAUUUAGACUUCAGUCCACAAAAUACAGCUUCAUGUUUUGCAAACAUUGAUAAGGUUGAAGUAACUUUUGCUGUCACACCAGUAAGAAGCAAAACCAGCUGCCAGUUACAGCAGUCUUGUUUAGUAAAGAAACAAGGCACAGACUUUUGAGUUUAAAAGCUGUAUUAGUCUAAAUCAUAGACCGUUGUACUAAUACUGUUAAUGUAUAUGGUUCUCUCCCUGUGAAAGGUGACCUUUCACUCCUCUUGCUAUGCAGUAAAGUCAAUUGCUCUGAAUGUUGUUUGCUAAAAGCAGCUUGGUUGAGAGAGUUGUGCAGUUUUAUGAAACUAGCUGCUCGUGUCCUGUCUGCCACUUUUUGUUAUUAACCCUGUUAUAAAGAGUGAAAUAAUUAUUGUA